AUGUCAUCCGAGUCGGGGUCAUCCAGCGGAGCCCAGCUAGCAAAGAACUUUUCUCGAAUAUCUCUCCUGGGUUUGGCAUUUAUCACCUUGAAUUCAUGGACCGCGUUUUCUUCGGCUUUGCCUUUGAGCCUCACAUCUGGAGGUCCCACAAGUAUCAUCUGGGGUCUCUUGACCGCGGGGGUCUGCACACUUUGUAUUGCCGCUUCUCUGGCCGAGUUUCUGUCCGCAUAUCCAACUGCCGCGGGACGAUAUCGUUGGGUAGCUGUCUCCUGGGAUGACUACGAGCGGGUACUAUCAUGGUUUACGGCCUGGGCGAAUGUCGCCGCGUGGAUCUGCCUUUGUGCGACGGCGUCGCUUUUUGGGAGCCAGCUGGUCACUAAUACUGUAAUCCUCGUUCAUCCGGAUUUUAACUUCCUCCGAUGGCACGUGUUUCUCAUCUAUGUCGGCUUCAACUUGAUAGCUUUUCUGGUCAACGCCUUCUGGAACAGCAUUUUAUCCGCGCUGAAUCGCGCAGCCUUGAUCUGGUCUCUCUGUGGCUUCUCCAUUAUCUUCGUGACGGUGUUGGCAUGCGCCUUUGUGUUCACGAGUUUCAUCAAUAAGACUGGAUGGCCCGAUGGCUUGGCUUGGCUCUUGGGGCUGCUCCAAGGUGGACUAUGCCUUGUCGGAGUAGACGCAGUUGCACACAUGAUCGAGGAAAUUCCCACGCCAACCGUGGAUGGACCGCUCAUCAUGGUCGCAUGCGUGGCAAUUGGCCUCGCCACCAGCUUGAUCUUUAUUGUUGCCCUCCUGUUUGUGUCUCGUGAUAUAGACACCAUUAUCACCUCUGGUGCUGGGCCUCUCCUUCAAAUUUUUCUUGAUGCAACCAACAGUAAAGUUGGGUCGAUUUGCUUGCUACUAUUCCCCAUUGGAUGCCUUUUGCUGGGUGUGAUAGCCAUAACAACCACAUCUAGUCGGAUGAUCUACGCUCUUGCUAGAGACUCAGGACUACCAUUCUCCCCUAUUUGGACGACUGUUCAUGCCCGGCUCAAAACGCCCGUGAAUGCCCUGGUUCUUAAUGCAGCGGCGGUUUUCUGCUGCGGGUGCAUAUUCCUUGGCUCCUCCAGUGCAUUCAACGCACUCAGCGCUGCGGCCGUCAUAUGCUUUGAUAUAUCGUAUUGCCUUCCGAUUCUGAUCCAUUGCCUACGUGGCCGCAAACUGCUCCCUGCACGCCCAUGGAUCCUCCAUCCCGCCAUUGGAUGGAUUGUAAACCUUGUGUCCAUCGCGUAUAUCUCGUUUACGACGGUGCUCUUCAUGUUUCCACCCGCCCGUCCAGUAACGGGUUCGACAAUGAACUAUGCCAUUGCGGCGACCGGCGUGUUCGCGUUGCUAUCUGCAAUCUACUGGUUUGUCAGGGGCCGGAAGCACUUUAUGCAAGUCCUGGUGACUGCGGAAAUGGCAAUUCCCGAAGCCCGGCCGUCAAGUUGUCCGAUCAAGUCGGACGUAUAA